AUGCAGUUUUUUGUGCCGGAAAUUGUGGCUGGUAUAGACCAUGAAGCCGCAACGCUUUUUAUUGAGGCAACAGAUCCGGCAGCCAUUUACCAGCAGAUCAUGGAGACACCUGUUGGCGAAGAAACAUCAUUACCGGAGCUGGGUUUUCAGCAACGCAUAAACCGCGAACAAUACUUACAGAUCAUUGCUGCACUACGUGAGCAUAUCCGUAAUGGCGACUGCUACGAAAUCAACUUUUGUAAUGAAGCUUUUUGCGAAGAUGCGGUGCUGGAUGCGGUGGCCAUCUUUCAUCGAUUAAACCAGCUAUCACCCGCACCCUUUGCAGCCUGUUACCGCCUGGAUACGCAAUACCUGCUCUGUGCCAGCCCCGAACGGUAUCUGAGGAAAUCAGAAUGCCAGGUCAUUAGCCAGCCCAUUAAAGGCACGGCCAGGCGUGGCAUCGAUACAGAUCAGGAUGAACAAUUGAAGCAAGACUUAUUGGCGAGCGAGAAGGAACGUGCAGAGAAUGUGAUGAUCGUAGACCUGGUACGCAAUGACCUGGCCCGUAGUUGUGAAACGGGCAGUGUGCACGUCGAUGAAUUGUUUGGCCUGUACAGCUUCCCGCAGGUGCAUCAGUUGAUCUCCACCGUCAGCGCUACACUCCGCAAAGACCUGCCUUUUACGGAUGCCCUUAAGUACAGUUUUCCGAUGGGCAGCAUGACCGGCGCGCCGAAGGUAAAGGUGAUGCAGCUGAUCGGACAAUAUGAGGCUGCAAGGCGUGAACUCUUUGCCGGUUCGGUUGGUUAUAUAGAUCCUCGUGGAGACUUUGAUUUUAAUUUGUUCGAUGUGUUCCGAAGGGACACUUCGAACACAGAAUAG